CAACAGAGUUAGACUCAGCACCCAUGAAAACUCAGCACCCAAAGCUCAAAACCCAUCUCUUCUCCUGCGGCUUCUUCCGCCACUGUACCCGCACCGUCCUCAGCCCCACAACCCCUCACCCUCCCCGCCCGAGCCGUCAACCCACCACCACUGCCUCCAAACCCGACUCCGCCUCCUCUUCCUCCUCCACUUCCCAAAGCUUCACCCAGUGGAAAUUCGAUCUCCCGGACUCCCCCAUCCUCCCUUACUCACAACCUGAACCCGACAGAAAACCCGAACCCACAUCAAAACCGCCGCCGCCUCCGCCGCAUCCCAUUUCCUCCACUAACCUGCAGGAGCUCUUCCAUGCAGCGGAGCUCCAGCUCAGCAUCGGGUCAUACCCGGAGCAGAUCGCGGCGCUUCACCUUUUAGAACGCUCACUUGUUCCUUACCCGCCACCAGACCCGGUUUGCCCGCCCGAAUUAAUGCGCGGGGUAGUAAGAAAUUUAAAAAACAAGGCGGCGGCAAAACCGGCAACGAAAAUUUUGUUGGCGCUUUGUCUGGCGGAGGGAAACCGUCACGUGGCGGUGGAGUCCGGUGCGGCUGCGGCGGUUGUGGAGACGGCAUUGGAGUUGGAGGCUGCUUCGGCGGAGCGGUCCCUUGCGGCGUUGGAGCUGAUGUGUACUGUGGCGGAGGGGGCGGCGGCGGUGAGGGCGCAUGCAAUGGCGGUGCCGGUUAUGGUGAUGAUAAUGGGAAGGACGUCAGCACGGGGUAAGGAGUAUGCGAUUGGUGUGCUGGCGGUGAUAUAUGGUGGUGGGGACGAUGAAGAGGCGGCGGAGGCUGUGGCGGCGGCACCGCGGGAGGAGGUGGCGCGUGCGGUGGAGCUGGCUUUGCAAGGGGAUUGUAGUGGCAGAGGGAGGAGGAAAGGGGCCCAGCUACUGAAGGUGCUUCAAGAGAACUAAUGUGGUCUUUGUUUGUUUGGUAGAGGAUCAACAAACGUAGUAAUGCUACAUAAUGUAUUAUUGUUCUUUUAAUUUUUUUAGUAAAUUGGUAUUCCAAUAAA